CCAUAAGCUGAACAUGGCAUAUGUGACACCAUAUUUAAGAAAUUCACUUUUGAGACAAAUCAUUAUUCCCUUAUCAACUACCAAUCCUGAUCAAUCAUUGUACUAUUACUUAUCAAUCAUUAUAAUCAUGGCUGAUUUCCUUGACUUCCUGUUGUCAUCACCUACCAAGUCACCACUACCCAUAGAGAUCACAUCUACUACUACACUAGAGGACAUCAUUGCUGCUACCAUCCAACCAGACACCACUAUCUCAGAUGCCACUAUUCAACCAGACACCACUACCUCAGAUGUCACUACUCAACCAGAAUCACCAACUACUGAUCCUACCACCAUCAGCGAAGAUGAUGAUGAGGCCCUGGCUGCUACUAUCCUUGAGGAAGCAACAGCUCUUGAGCCUGAGACAGAAACUCGCCUUGCUGACUCACUCUUUGAUCUCCUUGGAUCACCACCACCAGAGCAACUACUCACCAACAACUCAGCAGUCUUAGAACUUCAGUCACUACUCAAGACAGAACUCAAACAGCAAACUAUACCACAGACUCUGAUGAGCUUACUACACAAACCCAAAACCAGCGUAUUCACCAGAGAGCAACAACUCCAACGACAGUUUACCAAACUCGAAGUCAGCAACCCAACUCAGGUGUCUCAGCUAUCCAGCUUCUUCAAGUACCAGUCUGCUGUCAUUGAGACUGAGCGAUACCAGUCACUCCACCAAAAUGCUACCAAACCACAUCUACGAUUAUCCAUCAACGACCACUUUGAUGAGCAACUACACAAGGCUAUAGAUAGGGUUGAGCUCAGUGUUAUGAACCUCCAGCAAUCUGUUACUGACCAGACCAGUACCCACACUACUACCAAGAUGCCAUCUACCAGACCAUAUAACGUCCGCUCUCGUCCACAACUCUCACGUAGAUCCAUACAGCUCAUGGAAGAAUGGUAUCACUGCAACAUAGACCACCCUUACCCAGACUCAACCAUCAUCCAGUCAUUUGCACAACAGGGUAACAUCAAAGAAGAACAGGUCAAGAAGUGGUUUGCCAACAAACGUAGCCGUACUCACAACACUCACUCACGUACAGCCAUCACCUCUCGUAAGAUGUCCUCUCGCUACAACAGGAACUCACACUACCAGCCUUACUGAAGAUCUACACUGAUGUGAACUUGUUUUUUCUAAGUGCUAAGAAUUCUUGUUUAUUUACUAAGUGCUACUUAUUUGUCUGUGCUAUUUAUGUGCUAUGAACUUAUAUUUGUUACA